ACACAGAUGCAAAGUAAACGGACAUUGGAGCACCAACACGGGGACUGUCCUGCCACAACUCCUCAGCGGAGGAAACUCAAGUGAAUUUUCAACAACACAGGAGCUCCUCUUGUUACUUUUACGACCUCGAAAAGUUGAGUGGAAUAUAUCCAGAAACUUCCUCACCGUUUGGACUCUGAAUUAAAGGUAACGUAGAGUUGAGUCAGCUUUUAUAUCCUGUUGUCAUACACUAAAUGUUGCUGAAACUAUUCGGUUGUUGCCUGUAUUUAGUUUUCAGAGUGUUCAGUGGGGUCAGAAAACAACAGAUGUAGGUUGAAGUUAAAGCCAACGGUGUGAAAUCUGCAUCUCAUUUGAAUGUCAAAUCUGCGCGUGGACAAUCAGCGCUUGGCAGUCUCCUCGAGCUCUUGGCAAUGAGUCCCCUGGCGCCCAAUAUGUCCACUAUUAGUCAGGGGGAGAGUCUGGAAACUAAAGGGCAGAACAAAUAAAAGGGAAAGUCAACAUUUUAGUGAGAAGGAGCUGCUCCCUGGAUUAAAAAAGUUCUGUGAUAAAGUUGAUCAUUUGUUUCCAAACUGUGGGGGCCAAGAACUGCCACUGCUCUAAAUAAAAAAACAAACAAACAAAAAAAAAAAAAAAAACGGUGCAGAAAAAAAAAAGUGGCAAUGGAAAAAAAAGUUAUUUACUGCGAAAAUGAAAGGAUGCAAAUAAAAAAAGCCACAACGGAAGUGAGCUACCGGGGACCAAUGAUGACGAUGCACCGUCUUUUUUACAAUCUAGGCACAGAAGAUUAUGGCAAAAAGACGAGUAAAGAAGUUAGUGGAAAAGUUAUAGUUUAAUUUUGAUUCGUAAACUUCGUGAUCUGAAGCUAACUCUACACCGGCAUCCUCCAGUUCAACUUCAUAUCCAUUCAGGCGCUACAUGGCCUAACCAAAUGACCCGCUGAAAAGUAUACGAAGCGAAAUUAAACAAUAACUUUUCCGCUAACUUCUUUGCUCGUCUUUGCAUCAUCAUUAUUGGUCCCGGCAGCUCACUUCCGUUGUGGCUUUUUUUGCUUUUGUUUGUUUGCAUCACCACUUUUUUUCGUGUCAUUAACUUCCGUUGUUUUUUUUGUUUUUUUUUUUUUAUCUGCACCGUUUCUGUUUUUAUUUGCAGCAAGCUUUGGUUUCUUUUUUUUUUUUGCAUCAGUAACUUUUAUUGUGGUUUCUUUUUUUUUUUAUUUUUUUUUUUUAUUUUCAGCAGUGGCGGUUCUCGGCCACCAUACCAAACACUUGAGAAAUCUUCGCUUGUUUUCAUGUGGGUUCACACCUUUUUGAUCAGACGUAACUUUCCUCUUUGAUUAUUUAAAAAGAGAGGAUGGUUUUAACUCAUGCGUUCAGUUUGGACUGGGACCAAAAAGUUGUUAAGAGCUCCUCAAACUUUUUUUUUUUAAUGUUUCCAAUUAAAGACAUGUUGGCACAGAGCGCUCAUUUCACAAGAAGUCGUCUUUGUAGAGUUUGAUUAUGAAAUAGCGUACUUAUGAGUUUAGAGGCAAGGCCAAACCAUAAUAAGCCAAUGGAAUGAGUAAUUAAACUGGUUAGUAACAAGCCCCACACUUAUUAGGCCGGCACAUAAUGAUUAAAAAAUGCAUUGUGCAGUAGCAUACUUGAAAACAAUACAGUUUCAGGUUUGUAUUAUAGGUGCCUUAUUAUUUUUCAACUCAUAAUCUCCAUCAAACUGGUUUUCUUCAGGCACCAAACUGCCAAUUAUCUUACAUUAACUGGCGUCUUUCUUGGAAAUCUUAUCUGAAUGCUCCAGGCUCUGUCUGAAAGUUCAACUGUUGGCACUUUCAGUAUGAAUUCAAGGCUCUUGUUGGUUGUCAAGUAGUCUUUUGUGUUGUGUUUGUUAGCCCUGUUCGCUUCAUUAGAAAAUGACUGUGGUUUUAAUUUAGCAGCCUUGUUUGGUAUCUCCAUACAGAGUCCAAAGUGGCCCACAGAUAUACAGAAUCACAUAGAAAAAUAGGAAAGAUAUUUGCCGAUAUCUGACUCCCUUUUGGCUGUUGGUAUACAAGCCUGAUUUUUACCAAUAUUUCCAAACUCACUUUAGCUACUUUACUGAUGCCCAACAUGCUGAUAUUUUCAAAUUCAUUAUGACUGAUACUGAAACCAGAUUCUUGCCAAUAUCAUAUACCAAUAUCUUCAAACUUGGUUUGGCUAAUACUAAUACAAGCUUGAUCUCUCCCAAUGUUACAUAUACCAAAAUAUUCAAACUCAUAUUGACAGAAACCGAUAUUUUCAGACUUCUUUUGGCCGAUACCAAUACUAGCUAGAUUCUUGUUGAUAACAGAUAUGCCAAUAUAUCCUAGCUCAUUUCAGCUGUUACCAAUACCAGCUACAUUGUAUCUGAUAUCAGACAUGUCAAUAUCUUGAAACUCAUUUUGGUCAAUUUUAACCAGCUGAAAUUUUGCUUUUACUGUAAAAUGCCGAUAUCUUCAAACUUGUUUUGGCCGAUACAGAUACUAGCUAGAUACUUGUUGAUAUCAGACAUGCCAAUAUCUCCUAGCUUAUUUCAGCUGUUACCAAUACCAGCUACAUUUUUUCUAAUAUCAGACACGCCAAUAUCUUAAACUAAUUUUGGCCGAUAUUAAUACCAGCUGAAAAUUUGCUGUUACCGUAUAAUGCUGAUAUUUUCAAACUUGUUUUGGCCAAUCCGGAUACUAGCUCGAUUCUAGAUAUCUCAGCUCUUACCAGUACCAGCUACACUUUGUUUCCUGAAAUCAGACGUCAAUAUCUUAAAACUCAUUUUGGCUGGUUUUAGCCAGUUGAAAUUUUGCUUUUACCAUAAAAUGCCGAUAUUUUCAAACUUGUUUUGGCCGAUACAGAUACUAGCUGGAUAGUUGUUGAUAUCAGACAUGCCAGUAUCUUUAAACUAAUUUUGGCCGAUAUUAAUACCAGCUUGAUUUUUGCUGUAACCUAAAAUGCCGAUAUUUUCAGGCUCAUUUUGGCAUAAAUUCUUGUAUUUGUUAUAAUGACGAUUAUUAAGCUGCAUGAUUGAAUUGGGAGUGUUUUCCUCUCUUGACAUCAGCUGUGCUUCACCAGCGUUUGCAAACAGCUUCUUUACUGCCUGUUUGAAGCUCAUCGUUGGUGCAUGUAAGCUUGUAUAUAAUUAGUUUGCCAAUUAGUUUUAAAAUACAUUUCUGGUACCACUGUUAUGCAAUACUAAUAACAACUCAAAAAUAAUCAUUUCCUUUAUGUAAAGCGAUUUAUAAAUUCGUUUUCUGAUAAUGUUUAUUUUUAGUGUUGUUCUGCUUUAGUUCACAGUAAAAACUAGGCUGCAGCGUCUAUAAAAAGUGUCCCAAAUAACUAUUUUCAGCUCUAAGACAGGAUACGGUUUAAUCAGAGGGGGCAGAUGUUGCAUUGAAGCAUCAGCUCUCUUCGCUGAAAGUUACAUAACACUAAUACUGCGUCGCUGCCAGGGCUCAAAACACUGUAAAAAUCUCUGCAAAUCAACCGGGAGCUUUACGAACCACACAGCCACUCCUCUGCGUCCCUCGCUCUCAGACUCCACCACCUUCCUGGAUCAUUAGCGAGUUGUUCCUGUUUGUGUUUACAGACCUGGCACUUGCCUCUCUUGGUCAUCAUGCCUGAUGAACUGGGUAAUUUACUCUGCUGUAUACCUGCCCGGCCUCAUCCAUCAUGCUCUGAUUGAAGGCGGCUAAGUGUGUGCUUGAGUUUAACUACACUGACCGUAAAGUCUGCAGGCUCGUUCGGUUUCAUUAUGCCCCUCAGUGAUUGAGCCUUUGGUCUUGUUAAACCGCCAGUCUGGACAAAAGUAGGAGGACAUUUUGAGUGAUGGGCUUGGCUUUUGGUGUUGUCUUUGCAUGACGUUUGACCUAUGACCCCCCUCCCUACGCCUACAUAUAUAAACACACAACCGCACCCUGACAACAGCCCUAAGGUCAGUCACUGUUUGUCACUUCAUUUGAUGAAUCAUUUACCCGACGACUCGAUCUGGAACGAAAUAACGGAAACUUGCACUUUGAGACAGACUGCAGUGAUUGGAGCCAAACUCAGCCUGGGCUCUGUAGCUUCUCCGUAUCAUCGCCAUGAACAAUAGUGCUUCUUUUUCACCUACUUCGAGCCUCUUUUCUCCUUAUUGUGCGGGGCUGCCAGGCAGAUAUCUCUCCAUCAAGAUCUAUUGUGCGCUGCGGAGUCAGAGGGGAGGGGGAGCAUGCGAAUGUGUCAUCUCUGACUGUGCCGUUUUUAUGCGACGCAUGCUAUUUCAGUUCGCUCUGGAGGAUUCUGCUGCUGCGUAGUGAGGAAGCUGGCUACCUGCCCGACUCUGACUGCGCUGAGGUCAUUACAGUUUUAUACUGGGAAGAGGGCGUGCGGCAGAGAGAAGGAGAGAGAGAGAGGGAGAGAGGGAGAGAGGUGGGGGGAAGGCAGCUAGACUCAUUUUGUACUUGCGAAAAAAGUCAAACUUGAAGCACUUUCACAUGCAGUUUGUUAAAGCUGAGGGCGACUAAUUUCCGAGUGAGUCAGUGUUUUAUUUGUUUGCGUCUGGAUCUGAUCAAAUAUAAAGGUUUAAUGCACGCAGUAUAAACUUUACGCUUUGUUUACAUGGAGGGAGGUAACACAAAUGAGUUAACUGGAGUCAGAUGCGAUAACUUACAGUAUGUUUUACAUUCGUCUUGCUUCCCAUGCCUGAGGAAAUGCCUACGUGAAUUAUUUGUGGCCCCUGUAAUCCACCCACCUUUAUCCCAGGCUGCAUAGGAGGCCGGCGGGGAAUUAUGGGAGGCUAACAUGGCAUUUGGUCUUCAGCACGACUCUGCAAAAGUGAGAGUCUCUCAGGUUAGGAAAAGUGAGAAAUUACUGAAUUAUUAGCAUGUUUUUUAUACGUCUGUAAGGCACGAACUUUGAAGGCAAAAGAUAGCAUAUCAUGUUAUGCGCUUUACUAAGAGUAAAAGUAGAGAUUCACAACAUGUUAAACUUACUUAUAUAUGUGUGUUUUGUACAUUUCUUAAUCUCAAAUGUCCAGUUUAGGCAUAUUUGAGCGUAAGAGAGGCAGAGAUUUGGUGAGCAAAGAUGCACUUUUUUAUAACACUAGAAAAAAAAGGUGCACUUCUGACUCUUUUAAGGUUUUCUCUCUUUUUUUAAAACUGUAAUACUGAGCACUUUACACAAACAAGGUCAUCUAAGUAUCUCGACUCAGCAGAAAAAUGUCUGAAGGGAGACGAUCAAAACAUGUUAUUGGCUAAGAUAUUUGAUGACUAGACACCGUUCUGAUAAGAAUUAUUGUGUUACAUUUCCAGGACUUUAUUUUUCCUCUCUGUGUAGUUCAGGCACACAUUUUUUGACUUCAAGAGAGGGGUAUUAUGCAUUUUUUUCAGACUCUUUAUUUCCUUUCUGGUCGCUCUUUGUCUUUAAUAGCUUUACAUGAUUUUUCAGAUAAAAAAAGCCUAAAAUUUCUCACAGUGGGAUUUUAAAAUAUUAUUUAAGUCACUGUCUGUGGAGUCUAGAGUCUAUAAUAGAGAGUCUAGUUCGUAGGAAAGCAGGAUGUUAUUGGCCUGAUAUCGGUAUAAUAUUGGUAUUGGCAUGAUCUCAAUAUCAGCAUCAUAUCGGAAUCAGCAGAUUACAGUGCAAAAAGUUUCUGCUGAUGAAAUUAUUGGCAAAAAAGACGUAUUUACAUUAACAAAGAAAACGUUUGGCAUUCAUUGGCAUUUAUAUUUACAUCAGCCAAAACAAGCUUAAAAAUAUCGGCAUAUUGUCCUCAGUUUUAAGCAACUUUGGCAGUUGUUUAAUUAGACAAAACUUAAUUAUUGUAAUAAUGAACCAGGAUAAAAUCAUCCCGUUAUCGGCCUGUGCAUCUCCGGAGAAAAGCUCUUUUGUUUUACUUUAAAAACAAAAUCUUUUUAAGUGAAAUCAGACAGACUGCUGUUAAAAUUCAGAACAUUAGUUAAUAUUUAAUUUGCCCCAAAGCUGCCAAACUCUUGAACACUCAAACACGUGUGAAGGAUGUAUCGCUCCAAAAAUGACUGAUCUAUCAUUUUUCCAUCUGUUGAUGUUGGAAAGCGUCGAGCCUUACGCCGAACUCCCCCGCCGAGCGCUGUUUUGUCUGAGACAAUUACAGGAUCGACCUCGCCUGCAAAGAAAGCAGCGAGGUCUUUGAACUCGGAGGAGAAUUCACGCUGAGGAUGUUCUGGUUAAUCUUUGAUAUGAAAGCUAAUGCGGCGUCUACGUCUUCAGGCUCUGAUUUCUUUCUUAUUAUCAGAGUAUGUUUAACUUUGAACUCUGAAACAAGAGACUCGAUUUGACCUGAAGUCUGAAAAAGGGACUUUCAUGGAUUGUAGCUCCUCAUUACAGUCAGUUUUGCAAUGCAGUUUAUCAUGUGCCAGCUGUUUUGGACCAAUACCCCCAAACAUGGAGAGAUCCCUAAACCCUACCCAAUAUUGACACAGCCAGUCUACGCGGCCUCUACCAUCCCAUCCAACAACAAUAUAUCACUGCUGCUCCCAGGAAGGGGGUCCACUCUCUGUUUUCCUUCUGCGCAACAACAGCCGAGCACCUGUCACCCAAUCGCUCAGAUCAGCGCUUGUUUUGGUCACCGUGGAGGAAAAUAACCAGUUCGACAGGAUGUAUUCACUCAUGCGAAGUAUUAACACUCCAAAUUUCAGUCACAUUGCGUCCUUCUUGGAAACAGGUUGGGCUCCCCGCGCUCCUGAACAUGUUCAUCGGCGUAACAUUUAGCUAUAAAAGUUAUACUGUAUGUUUUAUUACUGUUAUUGUUCGAGUCCUGGACCACAUUGUUCGAAGCAGUCAAACCGGUUUUUGAUAAUAAUCGCGUCGGAGACAGUUUCACCGCAGCUUGAAUGCGUCCCUCUUGGUGGGUGUUCUCACAUUGCUAAAGUUUCCAGACAUCCUCUCUGGUUUCACGUGGUUGUUGCAAGAACCUCAUCCAUCAUCAGCUGGCACACCUGUCCACCUCUCAUCACCCAGAGUCCUGCCCUGUUACCGCACAGAGCCACACCUUUGAUUGUGACAAGCUAAUGAGUUCCCAUCGUCAGGCUGGAGUCAGCCGCACUGAUUUAACGUGAAAAUCAGAGUUUUUAUUUCCCUCGGUGGAGUUUUACUCACCUCCUCUGGUUAAGUUAUUUGUGAGGCAAGGCUUAAAGGAGAGAAACUUUGAAUGGCUCGCAAGUAUUCAGCCUCUCCUUUUUUUCCCAAAAAACAUUUCUUAUUCCUCCCACUUCAGGGAUUUCCAAGGUAGCACAUUCUGGGGGCCUUUUAAGGCGCGCUGAGAGGCAGUUUUGCAGAUGAUUUCUGCUAAAGCACUCCAGCGAUUUCUUUUUUGUUUGCACUUCGGUGAAGUUUAAACUUGAAAGAGACGCAUGAAAAAGAGAAAAGCUGUACAUGGUGCAGCAGAGACUGAGAUAUCCUUAUUUUUGAAGACUUUAAGUUCCAGCCGUGAUAACCCUGAUGACAUCAACAGUUAUCUCUUCAGACUUUGGAAAGGCUCUGUUUACAGCCACUGAAAACCAGAUACAGAUGUUCCCAAAGGGAGUAAACUGCACUUUGUUUAGGUCCCUGUAAAAGUGGAGUGUUUUUCUCUUCUUGUUUUUUAUCAGAGUUUAUUAUCAUUUAGUCAAAACCCGUAAAUCUUUAGGUCUUAAUAGCAAAAUGAUGCAGAGGAACAUCUGAGCACUUUGCAAAUCUGCACAGAGGAGUUGAACCCUGUUGACUCUAAACCAUGUAGGAAACAAUGUAAACGUCCAUCAGAGGUCAAAGGUUAAAUACUGAGUAGAAGUGACAAUGGCAGCUCUGUUAGGGGGUUAAAACAUCCUCCUGUGUUUACGAUGUGGCAAAGACUGAAUAAGGACUGAGUUAUCGACAUAAUCAUCCAUCCAUCAUCUGUGCUUGUUUACAUCAGAGUAGUGGAGAUUUAUAGCAGAGCAAGAGGGGAGAACCCACGCUCAGCCACAGCUUUAAAAGGGAUAUUCCGGUGUAACACAGAGUUAGACACCCCCUUGAACAAUGAAUGUUGCUGACCGCUUGCUUCUCUAGUUAAACCAACUUUAAACCAACUUAAACCAACCUCAACCAAAACACCACUCUGUUGUCACAAAUAAUGCUCAGAACAGCACCUAACUUCAUCAUAACUUCAUGGAAAGGCAAUCAGGUGAUGGUAAUGAUCAUAAAUGUUCUUCCUUGAGCUGCGUCACCCCGCUGAAGUCCGCAAUGGACUGGCCUGAGGUCUCGCUACAAACAAGUGGCUGCUGGAAGAGAGUAGGUGAGUCAUGUUUAGUAAUAAUAAUAAUAAUACAAUUUAUUUGUGGGCGCCUUUCAGGGCACUCAAGGACACUUUACAGAGCAACUAAAAGACACAUCACUAGAAUAGUAAAAUCAAUUAAAAAACACAUCAACACAACAAAGUAUUAAAUAAAAGUUGUAAGUCCGGACUCUGCAGCAGAACAUCAGAUGUUACUCUGAGUAGGCCUGUCUGAAAUAAUUUUGAGAUGGGAUUUGAAGAUGGAGAGUGAGUCAAUGUUCCUAAUGUCGGGGGGAGGGGGUUCCAAAGGCUGAAGGCUCUGGAUCCCAGGGUGGACAGACGGGCUGGAGGCAUAAUGAGGCUGGCGGAGGAGGCAGACCUGAGAGUCCGGGUGGGAGUGUUGAUGUGGAGGAGUUCAGAGAGGUAUGGAGGAGCGAGGUUGUGGAUGGCCUUGAAUGUGUGGAGCAGAAUUUUGUAGUCCAAGCGGUAUUUGAUGGAAAGCCAGUGAAGUUGGCGGAGAACAGGUGUGACGUGACUGAUAGAUGGUGUUCUGGUCAGAUAGAGACAUUAUUCUCUUUGCUGAAGAAAUUAGGCAAAGUUAAAAAGAUGUUUGGUGGCUAGUACUAUGACUGGAACCCUAUAUGUCCUGUUGAUGAAGUUAGGUGCUGUUCUGAGCAUUAUUUGUGGUGUUUUGAUUGAGGUUUGUUUAUGGCUCCUCAGACCGCUGUGUAUUGCUAUCGUGCGGUCAUUACUCAGGUUGGUAUAACUAGAGAAGCAAGGGGUUGGCAACAUUUGUCGUUCAAGGAGGUGUCUAACUCGGUGUUAUGGUGUGUUUAACCCUAAAUUAAUUUUAUGCUGGAAUAUCCCUUCAAUAGUGAUGCGGCUGUGUUCAGUACCAGACUGAAAAUACUGAUAGAAAUGGGAAUAAUCAACCUCAUAUGACGGCAUCAAGUCUCCUUCUCCCGUCCUCAGACGCUGACACAUUUACUAGUUUUCAACAUCACAUCUGUGGUUUUUCAGCUCACGUUGACCACGCUUGGGUCAUAGAAUAAAAACACAGGCCUGCUGGUGUGCAGCUGGUCAUUCAAGUCCAGGCUUUGGCCUGUUUACAGUCCAGUGAGUCCUCAUUGUUUUCCUGCUUGGUAUGCUCACAGAAACAGGUGGUUUUUCUCCCAAGCGUGUACUAGAAAGACAAAGAGAGGGGGGCUGCCGCGAUCACCCCUCUGUCCACUAUGUGACAAAUUCAUGUCGGGAAACCAGUUCAGGAGGAGUCACAUGGACUAUUGUGGGUCUGGUAAUCCUUCGAGGAUUGCUGGUUUCCUUGUGAAUGAAGAGUCACACAUCUUCCUGUUUGAGGACGUUUCAGGUCAGCAGUGCUGUGAAUGCUGAGAGAUACGUAUCUGCAGCUGUUGUUCCUUUGUAAUGGAAUCAGAGUUUGAAAGGGUGUUAUCAUGUAGGUCACCUAUAUUAUGUGUGCGUUUGAGAUUUAAUCUGUUUUCUUUAUACGUACGUGUGAGUGGUUUGGGUGUGCCACAGGGUUUGGUUCCUGUCUUCCUCUGCCCUGCUUUGUUUUUUGUUCUUUGUGCGACACUGUGGGCUCCUCAGUUACACAAAUUUUUAUCUGGCAUUUAGAAGCCAACAGGGCGUGUUAAGUCGAGUGUGUUUGUUAUUGAAUCACAUGUUUGUGACUCAGACAUCUGAGGCCGACUCUCUCCGGGAUGACCUUUGAACCGUUUAAGCGCGGGGGCCGUUAGUGGACUUUCGCAGCCAUGUGAAAACAGACUCAGCGGGUCACUUUUGUUCACCCCUGAGGUUUAAGGUGAACAAAGUUUUGGCUUUACUGCCAAAUCAAAGAAGCGCGUCGCCGGCAUCAAAGCUGUCUCGGAGAAAGUCAAAUCAAAGACGGAUGGUUCGGUAAGAUUUCACCGUUGACACUUCAAAGACUCUCCAGCUGGUGUUUCCAGAAAGUUUGCUGGGAUUUCACGCUUGUUUUUUUACUUUAAUCAUCCAGCCAACAUGUUUUACAGGAGUCAUUUGAUACAUGAUCCUUAACUGAGGUUUUUAUUUCAUCUGCCCCGAUGUUGUACUCUGUGCAGCUUCUUCUGACGAGAACUGAGGCUUUAGUUUUCUCACUAAAGUUUAGUAUAGAAGUUUAGCAUUAAACACAAAACUUGUUACUGUUACUUCUUACUUUCUAAUAAAUAAGACUUUCUGAUAUUUUACCUCAUAAACAGCAGGUAUUGUCUUUAUUAUGCAGAGUGUGGUUGCACAUGAGUCCAAGACAUAUUUCCCGAAGAGGACAGUACAGAGUAUUGUGUAGACUAGAGAUAGACAGAUUAAUAGGUCAGCUGAUUAUAUGGGCCAAUUAUUGGGCAUGAUAAAAAAAAUAUAUAUAUUGGAUUGUAUCGGCCUGCAUCUAAAAUCUGCAAUAUCAGCACUCUGAUACGAACAAUCCACUCCAGACUCCACUCCAGCACUUCUAUCCAGCAGCACCCGGAUCUAGCAUGCAGAGGUGACGUAAUUAUGACAUUUACUAAGGUACUAACAAAUUAGCAAGAAGUAGGGGUGAUGUUGGCGGUGUGACAGUGUUUUUCGUUAAAGUCCGAAAAAGACGUUACAGACGGGUGGAAAACUUGUCAUGCACAAAUUUCUGUUAAUAUCGGGAUCGGCAAUUACUAAAGGCUACAAUAUCGGCUUCGUAUUGGAAUUAAAGAAGUUGUAUCAGGACACUCCUAGAUGUGCUGUUAUCGCUGUUUCUACUGUAUCAUAUUAAUCGUCCCGUGUUGUUUCAUAUCGUACCGUAUUGCAUCUUACCGUAUCGUGUUGCACUGUAUCAUAUUGACCUUAUUGCAUCGUGGCGCAUUGUACUGACCUUAUCGCACCACACUGUAUCAAAUCAUAUCACACUGCGCUGCACUGUAUCAUAUCAUGUUGUGUCGUACAGUAUUGUGUGAUAUUGUGUCUUAUUGUGUUGUAUCGUAUCAUACUGUAUUGUGUUGUAUCGUAUCAUACUGUAUUGUGUUGUAUCGUAUCAUACUGUAUCGUAUCGAAUCAUGUUGUGUCCUAUCGUAUCAUGUCAUAAUGUGUUAUAUUGUAUCCUAAUAUACUGUAUCAUAUUAAUCGUACUGUAUUGUAUUGUAUUGACCGUAUUACACUGUGUCGUAUCGUAUCGCACCGUAUCGUGUCCUGUUGUAUCGUAGUGAUUUUUUGUAUUCUAUUUAAAGUUGUUCGACGGCUGAGUCAGCAUUAAUGACAGCAUUAACAAAGGAGUUAAAGGGGCAAAAUGGCGCCACCGUCAGAACCUGCAGGCUCUUAGCUUACCUGCUGUGCCGUCUGUGUAGAUGCAAAGCUGUAACACAUACAAAGGAGCACCAAGACUACGCUGUUGUGAAUUCAAUGUUAAAAUAGAUAUUAGUGGAUCUAUGUAAACCAGACGACUCUCAGUCAGUUUUUGAAGUUGCGUGAAUUCAGAUGAAUUCUGCACAUCUGGAUUUUCACGUCAGCCGUGGAAACGUCUCCUGCACAGUCUCGGUCUCUCUCUGCCGUUGUUCUGCGUGCCUCAGCUUUGCUUUGCUUUUGGUCUGAACCUGCUUUAGAGCUUAUUUGACUUUAAUGAUUUAAACUUAGCUGCCCAAAUUAGAUUACUCCGUGCACGCUGAUCAGCUCUGCAUGAGUGAGCUGAGCUGCUGAAAUGUGAUCAAACUCGGUGUGCUUGGUUGGACAUUCCUUGAGAGUCACUUCAGGAGAACUUACUCACACAGGGAGUACGUCUGCUUCACACACACGGCACUUACCAAAUCACAGUGGGUGGAGGUAAAUAAAUAAAGCUCAAUUCAAUUACAUUAACAAUGUGCUAUAGGCGGGCUGCAGCUCCGCUCUUUAUCUCUGAGCCGCUUUGAGGUUCUGCGGCUCGUCGGCUGUUGUGGUUGUCGUCAUUAUCGGGGGGUUAAAGCGGCUCUGUUUGUUUGUCGGCUUGUGCGCUCUCUUUUUGUUGGUGCCAUUAAAGUUAACACCAUGGCGCUUUAUUAGCUCGUCUUGUCAUUGAAGGCUUGAGGUCUUUAUAGCCGGAUUGUGGGUCUGACUUCAGUGGAGAGGCUGCUGAUAAAAAAAAAAAAAAAAGGCCAGGCGGCUGCUGAGAAGUUGACACAGCGCAGAAAAAGGUCACUUAUCUUCUAAUCAGACUGAGAGGCCUCCUGCCGGUUUGAACAAAGUUUGCCCGUGUGUGUGUUGCCUGCUUUUGUCGAGCCUGCAGAUUGUCACACCGGGAGAGACUUAUCUCGGUGGUGAUUUGGCGCAUCUCGUAUCUCAGAGGUCUUGUUUAGAGCAAAUUGCCUGCACUCCUGACCCCUUUUCUCUUUGAAAAACAGCCACCAAUAUUCUCAGUAAACUAUCCCAGCCGUACAAAAUCAGCAUCCCUGCUUGAGAGGAUCCUUUUCUCCCACUCUCCGUCUUUUGGAGCGCCAUCUCCGGCUUUGUUUUGUCAUCCAGCAGCUAUUGGACGCUUAAUUCAACCAGUUGGCUGAGUUCCUGCUCUCGCUAGCAGACGUGAAUGCUGUCUAUUUGUCAGAGACUGAUGGGGCGGAUUUCAGCGAUUAAUUAGACAUGUAGUCUCAUGUGCACACACACACAGACACACACACAGAGCAGAGUACAAUCCCUCCACUGUGGGCGUAAUGAGGGCUUGGGUACACUUCAUGCAGGACACAGUGAAAGAACGUCUGUCGCUGUGCUGGCAUGACCGAGAGUGAAUCCAACGCGGUGACACCCUCCAUCGAGUCUUUGAGGGCGGGUUUCUCUUCACCGCCUCCAUCUGUGCUGUCCCUUUCUGUGAGAGAAAUCCCCUCCGGCAUUGUCGCUCCACAUGGGAAAUGUUUCCUUUACUCAAGAUAAUAUUCGUACACGGACAGGAGGGGCUUUUUUUCUCCCAAAACAAACCCUCUGGGGAUUUGUUUGAGCUUAUUUUUUAAUCAGGAAAACAUGUCAGUUAUCUCUUCUGUUUGGUCUUAAGCCAAGCUUCUCUUUUUGGAGGACAGCAUGGCAGCCCACCCAGCAGCUGAUUGAGCACUUUGUCCAAGUAUGAUGCUUAAUAAGAGGCCAGCUCGGGCGGAAAACCAGCAAAAUCGUCCUCUGCUUCCUGAUAUCUGGAAUUGGAGUGAUUUCCAGUCACGUAAUACUCGAGUAACUGGGUCUCCUGGAGCUUGUGCAACACAUGUGGCAGGAGCAACAGGAGAUUGAUUUUGGAGUCGGACAGAUGAAGCUGCUGCUGUGGCAGGAGGUCGGUUUGCUCGUGUUUUUUGGCGGGAUAAAGGUGUGGUGUUUGCCCUCCUGAGCGCCUGCCACACAGCCCAGAGGGCCGGCUCAGGCAUGCUGGUUUUAUUUGCUCACAUAGAAACACGCUGGCCUUAAUCCUCCUGUGGUUUUGUUGCUGCCUGUGCGGCAUUGGGGCCCUGCAGGCUGAUACAGUGCAGUUUACACACUCAUCAUAUACAGACGGUCUGUACUGCUUUGGCUGCAGUCCUGCUGAUGUAGGUAUAUUCCUUUAACCAUGACUGUUUGAACUUGUUUUACACGGUCAUGAUGAGAGUUUUAUCUUCUGCAGAAAAGCACUUAACAUUUUUUUGGACACCUCAACUCAGUUCAAGUCUGAACGGUUGCAUAUUUAGUCUUUCUUUAAGUUUAACGUUUGUUCUCCUAAGCCUAACUCAGUGUUGGAUAUCGUUCGAUGAGGAGUAACAGUAUCAGGACAACUCAUAAGAGAUAUGAUGCUAAAUUUGGUGCUAGCAACAGGUUUUUAAAAAAGUAGAACAAGGACAACAACAAAACACUGAAAAUGUAUUAAGCUGCAAAAAAUACCUCAAAUGCAGCAGGAUUAGCUGCUUUUCUGGGUAUGAAAAAGUUCGCUUAAAAAGUACAGAUAGCAGGGUGACCUUAUUCUGAAUCCCCCAAAAGAGGACCCGACAAUGUGGGGGCGGAGUCAUGGAGUUGAGAGUUUUUCGGUUUGGGUCAAGUGUUUUUUAUGCACUUCUAACUCAGUACGUCCAUGCAACACAAACGCAAAACUUCCAUACAAAACAGCAGACAAUUGAAGGAUUUUAUAAACUCCCCCAGACGAGGCCAGACAAGGCUGGACAGCCCCCCAAAAAAGAGGACAUGUCCGGGUAAAAGAGGACGUAUGGUCACCCUAUCAUAUCCACAGAACCACAGCAGUUUUUGUUCCUGGAUGUUAAAAUCCAAAAAUGUGAAGAUUUCAUCAUCUUUAAAUCAGAUGAUUAUUAAAUAAUCUGGAGAAAUCGUCACAUGGUUGAAAACAAAAAGUGCACAGUCAUGAUCUUCAGGCAUGACUACUCGGAUGUAAACAAGCACGGAUGAUGGAUGGAUGAUGUCGAUAAUUCAGUCUAGGGCUGGGUGAUCUGGCCUCGAAUCAAUAUCACGAUACAUUGAGCAGUACUCAAUAACGAUAAAUGGACGAUAACUACUCCACAAGCUGCUCACCCCCUCCCAAAUUAAUGUCGUCUACUUCAGCCGCUACAACUUUUGAACCUUCCUCCAUCUCCUCACCUGUCUUUCCCUCUUUGUUACGGACUGAAUGGGGUGGAGUCACGUCUCUGACAUAGGACAUCAUCUUAAAGGGACAUGAGACCAUAGCCUACAUACACACAUCCAAAACCAACUUUUAUUUAUUUAUUUAUUUGACACCGAAUAUACCGAUAUGGGCAAAGUGACGUUGGUUUAUCGCCCAGCCUUAAACCAUAUAAACUUGAUCAUUCUUCUACCUCCGCUGUGUAGAGGACUGCUUGGCUUGUCAAAGAUCUUGUCCAUAGUAGAAUAGAUGGAUACAUAAUAAGGUUUACUGAUUAGAAAACCAUCUUAAUGUGUUUUCAAACUUAAUUUUAAAUUGGACUUGUACAUCGGUCAGUCUCCUGCAGCGACCAUGUUUACAGGGCCGCCUCCUACAUGAUAUAGACUUUCCUCUUACAUAAGACUCAAUUAAUUGAGCUGUUUCAGGAAUUUCUCACACUACCCAGAACAAAACUUUGUAACGCUGUAGGGCGCUGAUUUUAACUCCGCGUGUCAUGUGAGGACACGUCUAUUGACUCUAAAAAUGCUGCUAAUCAAGUCACUUCAACAGUCCCCGAGGAGGUUUCAUUAAAAUGAAAUAAGGUUGUGUUAACAUUCAACCUUUUCUCAGCAAAACCAGUCUGUGAACCCUGAAGGCCUAAUAAACAUGUUUCAGAGCUUUUUCUGAACUAGUUUUAAGAUUUUGACCCCGAGAAACCCCAACUGGAGGAGUUUGUUUUCAGCUUUCAGCCACAACUUAGACGGAAUAAAACGAGAGUUCAACACAGACGGCCGCCCAAAGGCUCAUGGUCAAAAACUUUACGUAUUACAUAGGAGGCCCCCUUUGGCGUAGACAAAGUUUUAUUACAAUACUGUUUGUCAGACAGCUGCAGAAAAGUCUGAGAAUAAAACUUAUACAGUCUCAUAAACAGGCGAACUUCCGGUACCACAGACCCACUCCAAGCAGCUUAAAUUUGUUUGGUCCACAUUGAGAUUUUGCAUGAAGAGAAAUCCAGUAUCCAUUGCUCUGUUGAGGAGUGUUUCACCCACAGUGGAGAGAUUGUAUUUUCACACCGCCUCUCUGACCCACAGUGCUGAAGUCGUCAAGUCAGAUCCAUGUAAUGAUUUCAAUCCUACAUCUUUUUUUUCUUUUUUCCAUAUAUUUCCAGACAGACAACUUAUCACAUGCUGUUAUGUGGUGUGAAUGUUUUUAUUGCAGACACGAGCGCCUCAGGCACAAUGCUGGGAAGCAGGGAGGGAGUGUGCGAGAGAGAGAGAGAGAGAGAGAGAGUAUGAGGCAGAGGCGUGGAGUGCUAAAAGGAUAGACUGUGAUGUAAGAAGACGCCAUACGGUCGAAACAAGUUUGAAAUGUCAUGAAAUUAGAAAAAAAAUUGCUCGUCCCUUCGUUGAACUUCUAAAAUGAUGAAGUGAUUUGUCAGGUUUACGUGUUCAGGCACAUCACCAACGAUCCCCACAGACGUGAAGGGGCUUGGUGUCGCACCAUGACCCGUGCAUCUGCAGUUUUACAGUCUCCUCUGUAACUCUUACAUCCUUGAAAUGCGAUAAAUCAGCACCAGGUGUGUUUUUUAACAAUCCCAGAACACAUUAGCUGUCAUCUAAAGGGGAAAAAAAGUCUCGGAAAAUGUUUUUUGUAUCACCCUGAAGGGAUGAUGCACAUCAGUUUCUGGAGAGUCUCAGACUACGUUUACACGUGUCCGGCUAUUUUUAUAAAGGGAUAUUUCACCCUCUCCAUUUACAAAAAUAAACUGCGUGCACACCACUACGUUUUCAGAAAAGUUUUCGUUUACACUAACCUGUGUAUAUAUGCUGUCAAGAGCAUGCCAAACCUUUAGGUGGCAGUGUAGCGAGAAACUCAAGCCCAUGUUAGCCAAUCAGAAUCCCACACAGCAGCAACAACAACACUUCUUCUUUCCUGCGCACAAUCUGCCGUUGGCUACCCAAAUCUCAGUUUUUCUCUGUUUACGUGCAAACGGUGUUUUCUGAAAUCUCCACUCUGGCUGGAGUUCUCAACAAGCAUCAUUUUCAGGGGCGAAUUCUCGAUUUGCGAAGGGUGCUAACGAUGGUUAAUGUCUCAGUUUUUAGAAAUAACCCGGGGGCUCAAUUUCGCUGUAAACAGUACAGAGUCUUUUUCACUCUGGUUAACUUUAGCUGUAUAAGCCCAGAAAACAAACUGAUCCAGUUGCAGGUAAUGGGUCUUAAAUUUGCAGGAAUAACGGCCUCAUUUUGCCGAUUUUAAAAAAGAAACAAGCUUUUCCAGGUUUAAAGGUUAAAUUGUUAAAUCUGAUGCAUUUCGAAGAGUGGGGAAAUUUAACUCCUGAUAAAUGGACGCCUACCUUUACUCCGAUGUAGACUUUUGCACACAGAUAUAAAUAAAUAAUCGUCACAUUAAUACAGAUUGACAGAAGUAUGUCGCUACCCUCUGAAUGAACCUGCAUGUACAUGAAUACUCUGUACUGCUUGGACUGUAAAUGCUCCACAAAACAAGACCGGAGCACUUUGCAUAUUCAAAAUCUAGACAUCCAAGCAUAGAUUCUGCAUGUUUACAACAAAUCUGUGAGUAUAGUUUGAUUUUUACUGACUUAAAUGCUGAAUAAAGCUGCUGGUGACAGCUGUAGAAGUCUGCGGAUGUUUAAAGGCGUUUCGGUCUAAAAAUACAACAAGCUUAUCUCGCUCUUUGUUCGUCUCUUAGAGCAUUUGUUUUCUUAAUUUGCCUCUUGGCAGCAGCAGCAGGUCGAAAAAGAGGAGGAGCUCGAGCGACCUUUGCAGUUUCCGGUUACAGAUACUGAGCGCUUCAGGUGUGUUUACAUACGUUGGAUCUGUCUCACAGAUCUGCGUGAAACAGGCGUGUUCCUAUCCUCAAGCUUUACCCCCUCACGUAUCAGGAUAUUUCUGCCGUUUGUCACACAGGGUUAGCCUGUGAGUCGUGUGGCAAGAUAUGGAGUCUGACGGGAAAUACCGGUUUAUACAGUGGAGUGGAAGAACGGGGAUGGUUUACUGCGUGGUGUUCUGUGUCGCUAUCAGGUUUGGUAAUCACGUCAGAUGCGAUCCUGUGCGGCUGUAUCAGCCCCAGUCUCUGACCUCCUGCUGAGUCACCCUCCUGGUGUGUUAUCCUAGGCGAGUUGAGUUUGUGUACUUGUUUUUUUUUGUCUGUACGCGGUGACUCAAGGUCAGUAAGGAGACGUUGGACUGGAGGGAACUUUGAAGCAAACAGACACACACUGGAGUUAGAGGGAGGUUUAGCUAAUGAGCUCACUCCAGCUGUGGCGUGAGGCAGAAAAGCACUCAUACAUAAUUGAUGAGGCUCCUAAUUCUGUCAUUUUUCAUACGUUUGAUGAUCUUUCAUAAUAAAUUCUUUGUUUUUUUUCAGCCUUUUACAACAGUUUUUGUCAGAAAGGUGGCUUUAAAUUUCUGUAUUAUGAUGGCAAACGUACAAACACAUGAUUAACCUGAGUAUGUGUUGUUCUGCGGAGUUGAGUUCGGUUGAAUCACCUCCCAAGAUAUCAAAAGUGCUUAAUCAGCAUAUUGUGCAACAGAGCAGGUGGCAGGAUAUCAGUCAGUUUUGAUUUUCAUAUUUUUAUGAUCUUGGGGGGCCAUGACCGUCUGAUUUAUCACUGCACACAGUGAUUGAUAGGGUCAUCCUGAUAGGAUAUUGAUACCGAAUAUCAGUCCGAUAUCAGCCAAAAAACAAAUAUCGGAUUAUAUCAGCGCUUCGAUACAAGCAGUCCAUUUCAGACUCCACUCUGGCACCUCUAGCUAGCAGCCCCCAGAUCCAGCAUAUAGAAUAACCUUAAUCAGAACAUAGUGUGUACAAAGUAUGUAAUCUGGAUACAACAUUACAUUUUAUAUUAGGCACUUUUCAUUACACUUUAACGACUCACCAUAAUGCAGAAUCAACCCUUUCUCUCUCCAGUGAACUCUGUUUCUGGCUCGUUUUUGCGAGGGCUAGCUUGUGUUGCUGAUGCAGGAAAAUGACAUGCCGAAGAGUCAAGCGUCAAGAGUCAAGUCAAAGUGAGGCGAUGGCGGAAGUGAUGAUCUUUCAAAAUAAGAUACUGGGAGGACAGAUGAAAAGAAAAAACGUAUUUAAUCAUUGUUUUUUUUUUUUUUUUGCGGCCAAACGGCAAAACUUGUCCUGCACAAGUUUGUGCCAGUAUCGGAUCAAAAUCAGCAUUGGCCAAUACUGAAGGCUACAAUAUCUGUACCGUAUCAGAAGUAAAAAAGUUGUAUCGGGACAUAAAUUGAAUAAAUGUGGAAGAAAUUAAUAAUUAUAGACAUGAAAUGUAUUCUUCAAAGUUACAAACACCACCACACAUAUUAAGAGUGAAUAUUUAACAUUUGCUGCUCAUUUUUUUUCCAAAAAAAAUCGUUAAUGUUGUUUCCAUUUUUUCAGAAUCAAAAAUUUUGGUCUGUUUGCAGGUUAAAAAUCAAAAAAUAACAAAAAAUACUGGUAGUUUUGUUGCCCUUGUAAAGAAUUUGAUAUCAUUUGACUUUUAAUGGUUUCUUAUCGUAAUUUAACAUUCAACAUACAUGAUCAUUUUUAGAUAAUGUUACAGAGAGCUCUUUCCGUGUACACAGCUGAUCCUUUACUCUUUCACUUUUACUCCAUCUAAGAAGUUUCAACAGUAUUUUUUUUUUCAGCGCGAGUAUUUGUACUUAUACAGCUGGGUGAAGAACUUUGUGCCGCCUCUGAAUCAUCAUACAGAGAGAAGAAAAUCAAUCCAGAGAUGAUACACAUCCCACUGAGUUGUCUGAUUGACAAGCAGCUCCUAUCUUGUUAUUUCAGUAUUUUUUUGACACGCUCGGCCUCCUCCCCCCGUGGGAAUCAGAUGUUGGGUCUGAAGGUUACGGGCCUCACGAAGUAGCAGCAAAUGAAGUAUACCGACCUUCUUUGUCAGAACUUUCCAUUCUCAUGCGGCUCUAUUGAUGAAUUGAUUAGCAAUGUCAUAGAUGGCGUUGGCGAGCUCGUAUAUAUGCAUUUGCAUAUCAAUGUUGCUGACAAUAGGGGUGAACAAUGGAGGGGGCUGAGACUAGUUCAAGGUUAAAGAGAGCCAAGGUUUUUCUUACUGCUCAGUGAAGAUUCUCUGUGUUGAACCAUGUGUCUUCAAAACAGCACAUGAUGUAGAGAUAAAUAUAGCGAGUUUGAUGCAAAAUGCAUAGACUGAGUAUUCAAAGUUAAUGCUGUUUUCUUCAGAGGGAAUCUGCACAAGGAAUCAGCCUUUAGAAAAGAAAGUAUCACAGAGUCUUUGGAUCAACAAUGUCAAACUGGUCGGCUGAGUGUUGCUUAUGUAAUGCUAAUGAUAGCAGAGUGGGCUUCUUGUCCUCCUUCUUUGUGCCAGUUUGACCAGACUCAGCCUGUAAACAACUUUAUCUCAAACUACCUCCUGCUACUAUCUAUCAUCUGCGCUUGUUAACAUCUUGGUAGUCAACCGAAUUAUGGCAACAUGGCAGGAGCCACAGACCACCAGCCAGUAAGGAGUUGCUGCACCGCACUUUGGACAUAAGAUAAUAUAAAAACAGAACCGGGGAAGCAAACUUAUCAAAGUUCUUUAAAAAUGAACAUCAGAAUCGAAUGUGACUAACCAUUUUGUUUUGUUAACUAGGAACCUAAUGACUUGUCCUCAGCGGUAACGUCUUUUACGAAAAAUACUGCCACACAGCCGAUAUCACUCCUACGUCUUGCUACCCUGUUAGUACCUUAGUACACACUGUUGUUUUGAUUACAUGGGCUCUGCAUGCUCGAUCCAGGCGCUGCUAGUUAGAAGUGCUGGAGUGGAGUCUGGAAUGGACUGCUUGUAUACCUGAGAUUUUAGAUGCAGGCCAAUAAGAUCUGAUAUUUGUUUUUUGGCUGAUAUUUCACCAAUUUCAAUAUCAUAUUGGGACAUCCCGACUGCAGGGUAAAGAAGUUGAGUUGUGGGAAGCAAACUUUUCAAAGUUCUUUAAAAAUAACCGUCAAAAUGGAAUUGGACUACACCUGUAACCGUUUUUAUUUGUAAACAAGGGACCUAAUGAGGACUUGUCAAAGACAACUGUUGACAUUAAUUGGCACCAUUAGCGCUUCAUGUGGGAACAUUCACAAACAAACUCUGUGUUUACCUUUUACUGGUCGCUAACUUGUCGGUCCUGUUUGUCAUGGGUCACAAAAUUAAUGUUUGAGUUAGUUGAUAAAACUCCUUCCAAGAACACCAAGAAGGCUUUUUUGUGAUUUUUGUAGGGCCACAUAGUAGGGAUACACAGUAGGUGAGACUUCAAAGCUUAAACAGAUCAUUUUAUUCCUCUCUUUCUACUCUGUAAAAUCUGAGAUAGCAUGCCAGACAUUACUUUCAUAAUCACCCUCUACCUGACUCCUUGCAUGGAAGCCUCUUCCUUGUGAAUAAAUUAUAAACUAGACCCUUUUCUGACUCUGCCAUUAAAGAUUCAAAAGCAGUCAAAAAUAAAACCAGAAACUUUGCCUGUUGGUCUAAGUUGACAGCAGCAGAGCUGUGAUUGGUUGAUGGUAUAUUCCCCUGUCGGUCGGCUGGAGGGAGAGAGAGUGUCCGGGGAUGGCUGAGGACAGUGUGGCUCCUGUGAUCCUCGGGAUUACAAGAGUGGGACUGAACUCUGAUGAGCAGGCUGGCUGUUAUGAUGUCAUGCUGCAUGCAUCAGAGCCUGCCAGCGACAUAAGAUGCUCUUAAUCAUUCAUGGCCCCGUCGCCACUUGUCUCAGUUUGAGCCGGAGUCAUGUGGCACUUUGAGUGCUCGGUUACAUAAAGGCAGCGUCACCGGCUGGCACCGUGACUGAGGAGAUGAUUCUCAUCUAGAGCAAACAAGAUCAUACCUAUUAUCUCUUUGGACAUGUUUGGUGUUCCAACAUGAACACGCUCAGCUCCAAGUGUCCUUUUUUUUUUUUCAGGACGUUUAACGGUCGAUAUAUCUCAGCUAAGAUCAACCAGUUUGUCUGUUUUGCUCAGUGAGCCUGUAAACAGAAUGCUGAGAUGGAAAUUUGCCCCCAGCUGAAUUUAGAGUAUGAGUCGUGCAGGUCAUACAGACAAGAGUGACUUCAGCACGACAUGUGAGCAAAACAAGGAGCAGUGAAGGACUUUGUUACUCUUAUUUAUUUAGGAGUAGGUUGGAGAUUUUUCAAAACAUUUAUCGUUUUUUUUCUGUUUUUUGAGGUUAUUACCCAACUUUCUUAUUAAUCACCUCGCUGUACUAAAUACUCCACCAACAGGGGAUUAACUCUGAAUAGUCACGGCGACACCAGAGACAAACAGAUCCCCCAAAUCAUAUCAUAGCAUCUUUGUAAAGGUUGGAAUUUUGUCCUGUUGAUGAUGUAGCAAUAACGCUACUUUCUGAUCACUGCAACAACAACAUCGACAAUAUUUUUAAAACUAUUGUAUUUUAUUUAAGGAGCAAAAAAACUUGAGACUAAUGGUUCACCAGUUACCUGCAGAGUGAAGGUGUCUGAAUACAACCUUUUAACUUCCGAUAUGAUACCGAUAUUGUAGCCUUUAGUAUUGGCCGAUACCGAUAUUGACUCAAAUUUGUGCUUGACAACUUUGCUAGUAAGGGGUGCUGGAGUGGAAUCAAUAUCAAAGCGCUGAUAUCGGAGAUUUUGGAUGCAGGCUGAUAUAAUCCGACAUUCUCUUUUUUUGCUGAUAUCAGACCGAUAUCCGAUAUCAAUAUCAGACUGGUACAUUCCUGAUGCAGAGUAAAGAAGAUGAGUUGUGGGAUGAAGCUAGCAAGCAAACUGGUAAUACACACUUUGAAAUGAGAUUAGACAUCCGUCAAAUUAAAGAAAACAGACACAAAAAACAGCAAACCACAACCUUGUAUUGAGUUGCUUACAGAAAUAUCAUCACCUAACUAAAAUAUUCAGUUAAGGAAAAUAGAUGUCAAGCUUAACAAGAUCCCUACUUUGCAUCAAGUCCUCUCCACCCUGAGGGGAUUCUCUCUUGCAUAACCAUCCACUCACUUUACAUUAUCCCCAUUCAUACGUAUAUGAUGGUUUCUUUGUAGUUUAUGCAUGGGACAAGUCAAAAGCAUGUGUCCCUGUGAUCUAGAAGUACACUCAAGUUUAUAGAAGAGGAAAGUAUCCUACAGGAAUGAAGUGACGGUGUAGAGCAAAACAUCUGCACAGAUGCCCUCUCUUCAACAUCAAACUGGCCACAAUCUGAACGCAGGACAUCGAGACACCUUUUAACAUCUUUUCAAAGAGCCUCUGGGAUGUUAUUCUGAAACCGUAGACUUCAUAUGACACCGCCAUUCCUCAUGAUUUAUCUCCUUAAAAGCACCGAAAGGCCAGAAGUGAGUGUGACAGGACUGCCUGCAGGUCAUACUUCAUCUUUUGUCAUGCCCACAGUAAUGGGGUCUUGAUGACCCUGAGGGGGGUGUUGAAACUGUUCCUCAUCAAACACCGAGGGGCCCCCAGAGGACAUAAAAUGGGCCAUUUCCUAGAAUGACUUUAAGGUGUGAAGUUCGCACCUUUUGAUAUUUGAUCACCCACUGACAUAUUUUAUUCCGAGGCUGACUGUCUCGGAGUGUCUACGCACUUCAAAAGCGUUCCCCUGCAGCUGUAAGCAUUGUGCUGUUUGUCCUCUUGCCCCUGCAUGUGGCCACCAGGAAGGGUUAAUCCAUCUGAAUGAGCUGAUCUCUCCAUGUAGGGGAUAAAAUCUUUCUCUGCUGUCUCCGGACGGCUUAGGGACAGGAAGCCCGCUCGGUAGCCAGUGCCCCGCUCUGACGUUGCCAUAGAGAAACACAAAGCUAUGUGCGGCGGGGAGGAACGUAUCAGUUGAUGAGCUGUCUUGAGCGGUCAGUCGCACAUUCAGCGGCUUUUCAUCCUGCAAAUACUAAUUGGCUUCUACACAAGGCGAGGAGUAAUAAAGUGAACGGCUAACGCUAGAUCACGGCGCGUUUAUCUCACCACUAAGUCAGCUCAGAGGGACUUUGUUGGCGUUUGUUUGCUCUGCGCUAUAAUCUUAUAAUUUGGCAUCCAGUUGCCUUUUAAACAGGUUUUGUAGCGGUAAAACCCUCUCGAGUUCCUCCAUGUAUGGAUGUGAACUUGAACCGGAAUUGUGUUUGACAAUAAAGCUUAAAAACCAGCUCUAUUGAAGCGUUCAGUCUUUGUUCGGCUUCCUUUUUUUCUGGCAGAGCGCAUCUCCCCCAUCAGCAGUGCCAGAGCUGUUGAAAAUAUCUUGAAUUAAGCUGUUGAAUACAGAAGAUAAACACUUUAAACUGGAUAGAGUUCAGUCCCUUUUCGCGAUGAUCUCUCUUUUGGGAAAGAAGGGGAACAAAAAAAACAGCCCUGGAGUGUCUCAUCUAUCAACCCCCUCCUUUGUUCCCUCUAGUGCUACAGUUGCCUUUCUGAUUGAAUGGGUUCUUGUUAGUGAUGCAAAUGUUUUCAUGGAUGACGUUGCUUUGCGAUAUUGUUGAGGGAAGCCCCCAUUCAUUCACAGAGGGGAUACGCAUACAGGCGGGCAGCGUGGGCUCCGGCGCGGAGAAUGACGGGGAUUGCUGUCUGGCUGAAACAAUCGAGCCUCUUGUUGAUGUCAGAAACUCUCGGGUUCGGUGAAGUCUAGCUAGCACAGGAGUGGGUGUUAAAAACCUCUCUUUCAGUGGGCUCUGAUUUGAGAUCUUGGGUCGCCGGUGACUUGGGGACACUCGGGUCUGAAAUGAGCCGCAUUAUCAGCUUAUUGAGCCGUAGAUAGUCAGAGCAAGUACCGGCUCAAAGUGACCCACGUUAAAUCAGGAGAGGGCCGCUUUCCUCACACAAAACGCCUCCGGUCGAUAACCUGCCGAUCGCGAAACUGGGAGUUACCAAUUGAUGUUUAUCGAGUGAGGAGUAGAAAAACAAGGCAGUGGAAGAGAGAGAGGAAGAUGUCCUGUUUGAGAUACUCAAAUGUCGUCUUCAAGGCUGGAAAACAAGAGAGACAGACAAAGAGCUCGCAGUGGAAACACUUAAUCCCCAGAUGAUAUGAGGGCAAGAACAGAAUGUAGCACGUCUGGACUUUCUGAGCUGUUGCUGAAAGUCGAUCCACGCCGACGAAAUGUCGUUCCACUUCAUUCUUCUUUCUUUUUCUUCCCCUUUCUUUAUAUUCCUGCCAGCUUGAACUACUCCGGCUCCCAGUAUCCUGUGUCUUGCUGGUUAUGUAACAGUCAGGGGCCUAAACGGGAACUAAAGCACAGCAGUGACAGCGGACACUGCAGCCACUUGAAAAAACUGAAUGUGACAGCGACCUAUUAGAGCUGACAGCGAGAGCUUUAAAAAAAAAUGUAUCAGAAGAAUAGCACGGGAACAUUUGAAUUGAAACUUUCUUUGCCAGGGUCAACUUCAGCGGGGCUAUUAGCACGGGUUGUAAAUGAGUUGAAGUUGAGUAUGAGAAAGCUUUUCUCCACCAUUAUAUAACACCCUUACAGAUAGAAAAGCCUUUUCUGGUGAGAACCACUCAAGUGAGGACUCAUUCUGAAGCCUUGGCAAUGAAGCUUUCCAUUCUCAGCGCCGAUCAAAACAGAGGGAACGAAGCGAUUGAUGAAGAAGCUUUUAAAGCGGUGAUUUACAUAAUUCUUUGACUACGAUGGCGUGUUAUUAAUUGCAACUUUCCACGCAAAAGUGAAGAGCUAUGUAAGCAAUGACGUGGCUCUAAUGGUCUUUGUUUUUCUUCACAGGCUGAAGAUGAAACCAACACUUGAAGACCAGAAUGUCUGCACACAUUAAGCCCCUGGAAAUCUACUUGUUUUGACAACUUCUGGAACUCUUGCUUUAAAGUCCUUCAGAACAAAUUUCUCCCGUUCUCUUUGUGGAUUAUAAAUCAGAGACUGCCAUCAUGCCUAUCCUCAAGCAGCUGGUGAACAACUCCAACCAGUCAAAGCGGCGGUCACGGGCUGACCUGACCGCAGAGAUGAUCAGCGCGCCGUUGGGCGACUUCCGCCACACGAUGCAUGUUGGUCGUGGAGGAGACGCGUUCGGGGACACUUCAUUUCUCAGCACUCGAUCAGGGGAGCCUCCCAGAGAGCCUGAAACAAAGCAGAGCUCCCCCGGGCCCAAACCGGGGCUGUUGUCUCGCACCUUCAGGAGCAGCAAACGCUCUCAGUCGGUAAAUCGAGGGGACAAGUACGAGUACAACAUGAUGGCGCCCUCUGGUGGGUCAUCCAACUAUGUGAAAAACGCCAUAUCCCUGCCGUACCUCAACGAUGACAUGAACAGAGGACAGCUUACGAAGAGCGUCUCAUCAAGCCCCAUGAAGACGUUGAUGGAGAUUGAUACUAAGCCCGUGAACGGCGCAGCAGCAAUGGCGACCUUGGACACAGAGUUCGACGAGCGCAAUUUCGGCGAGCUUACCGAUUUGCCGCCAUCCAUGCCGAAAGGAGGCGGUAUGAAGCACGCCGAGUCCAUGAUGUCCUUCCACAUCGACUUGGGACCGUCCAUGCUGGGAGAUAUUCUGAGUGUGAUGGAGAAGAAAGGCUGGGAGGAGGAUGACCUCGGCUACGAAGAAGGGAAAGGCAGCGACGGACGAGCCUCGCCGUCCAACAUCCCCCACAUCGACGACGACGACGCGGAGGAGCGCGCGCCCGCCAGACCACCUCGCAGCAUGUACCCGCAGAAGCCCAUGGAUGAUCCCUACACCCCGGAGCUGCAAACCAGGAACAACCACCACAACCUGGACAGCUACUCCGUGUCCAGCUCGGGGUCGGUCACCGAAGACAAGCCUCAGUACAGCCUCCAUGACGGCGACACGGACAGCGCGAAGUACAGCUCUCCGCGCGGGGAGGACGACAGAGAUUUCACCUUCAUGGAUGAGGACGAGGAUGAGAUUCGAGUGUAGACCAAACUGGUGCCACUUUCAUAUCAGUCCAAGACUUUUGAAGGCUAUCACAAGCUGGUAAAGGCAUAGGAACGAUUAGGAGGCAGGACCACUCCUUGUAGAUUGGUAUAAUCAUUGUACACCUUGUUCAACAUCAUGAAUAAAACCAAUUAGGCCUUACUCACUGUGCUGUAGCAAGAAGAUGUGAGCAGACUGCAGAAGGACUUACUCACAGAGUGGAACUCCUGACAGGUUUUUGGUUGUUAAUUGUUGCAGAUUUAUGCAGCUUCAAACUGUGGACUCGCAACGCCCGGGAAUUUCCCAUUUUUUAAUGAAACUGGCACCUGCUCCCUCAGCCUUUAUUCUCUCUCUGAGGUGCAGGAAAAAGGAAGAAGGAACAACAACAGCAAGCCAUUGGUUAUGAGCCGCACCACACUCAUCUAUCUGGGGAAGUAAAGAUUGACCGGUAAGGUCAGAGAAUCCGAACCCCAGCUGUCCACCACAUUAAUAUCACAUUUGUUGUGUGAUGUGUGAGGUGAAGAGGAGGCUCGAUGUAGAUGUUUGUAUUUCAGAAUCUGUAAAAGAAAGAGGGAAAUGAAUGAAAGGAAAUCGUUCGCCAAUGACAAUGUUUGGCACAAACACUAAAUAGAUAAAGUAGUUCUUACUUUUCCAUGUUUUACUCUAAGUGAUGAUUUCUUUGAUGACUUUUUGAGGCUGGUCUGCUGAUGUAGAGCUUGUUUUCGUCAGUUUGGUAGUUUAUUCCGUCGUAUUAUUUUGUCUCUUUGUCUCUCGUCGGCAAGGUCUUCGACUACACAGACAGCUGUGGUAUUUAUUCAUUCAUAACAAUGAGGGAUGAAUCAGUCUUAUCGUGCACUACAAGGUCUUAAACUUUAUGAUUUGGGAUUUCUCUGUAUUGCUUUUUGACUUUAAAGUUAUUAACGGCGCCACGGAGGGAGCAAGCUUCCUUCUGCGAUCCGUUUGCUUCAUGGCACUUAAAUCACAAGUAGACUCAAAAUCACUUUUAUUGUGGAAAGCUUGUAUUAGGAAACAAGGACCUAUGUUUGUAAAAAUGUGAAUCGUUAAACAAAGAGGCCUUUUGUAUGUGGUCCGUGUCCUGUACGGUGCAGAAGUGGUGAUUGUGGCGAAUCGUGUGUGUGUUUCUAGGUCAUUCCACAUCAUUACUGAGAUUGGUAGCAUUAGCAGGUCAGCAGAAAGGCAAGAGUGUGAAUGGGACUGUUGGAGGAAUCCAAAUGAGUAGUUAUGGUUUGUCCCUGAGGGCUGAGAAAGGAUGUAAAAACUCGUUCUGGGUGUUAUUGAAGCGCAGGAACUUCAUAGACGGGCAUCAGGUGUGCUGAGAGUGGCAGACAUUUCCUUAACCGGCCCCACAGGUGAUAAGACUCAUCUCCUCUACACAAGCCAAAUCACACGCUAGAAACAGAUGAUUAAAUCAAGCAAUCAUCUGGCCUUUCCCAGUCUACUCAUUAAACAUGCUGGAUUACUGGCCUCAGACCAGCUGGAACUGCUCCAGGAACAGCAGGGUCAGGGACAGACAGGUGGGCCGUUUCUCUUUGGCUUUUUUUUUCUGUUCAGCUGUAAUCUCACUCAGUCGGCCCCUCCAGGUUACUUUCGCUUAUUACCACGGCGCAAUAAAGAGAUAUACUGUUCUCUCUUUCUAUUAAUGUCUUACCUUUUUUUUCUUAUUUUGUGUUAGACGACUAAUUGCCACGUUUAACAAAUGGGAAUCUGAAAUGUCCUGUUGUGGCAUCCAUGCAGGUGUGUACAUACAGAAUCAGGAUGCUGUGCCAUUCUUCUCUUUUUUGGGGUUUCUUGUAUAGUUUUGAAACUUACAGUGUCUCUAUGAAAAGGUUGCGAGAAGACAUGAAAUAAAAGCAAUCUGGAGGAAUUUGCCAAGUACAACCCCAAAUCUAAAAAAACUGAGAUGCUGUGUAAGAUAUUUGAGUUGGUUUGUUUAAAAAAGAAAAUCGUGCAACGGGAACAAAUCAGUAGUUGGAAGUGAAAAACUUUGACCUGCAUUUGUGGAUGCAGAGAUAGACUGUGAUCUUGAACCAUGCAGUGAGUUCUACUACAGAGCCAACCUGAUGUCAUUGUGAUUUUACGCAGAGGAAAAUAAUGCAGAAAUUUUUCAACUUCUGAGACUCAACUAGGCCUGGGCGAUUUGGCAAAAAAAAAAAAAAAAUCACGAUAUAUUUUGUCAUAUCGUCCGAUCUUGAUUAUUAUCAUGAUAUUUUUUUAACUGCCUGUUCUAAAGCAUCUUUACUUAAAACUUAAGAAACUAGAAAUUAGUUUAACAUUUUAUUAACAUACAAAGUAAAUAACAAAUCAAAUUGAAUAAAAUAUACUUGGAAAAGUAUAAGAAACAUUUUAACUCAACAGAACAACAAAUGUAGAUAAAUAUUACAUAAUACAGUGAAUUAGUUUACAGUCCUGAGUGUUUCUGCAGGUAUGCAAGACUCAAAGUAAACAAAUCGCCCCUCAGAGAUAAAAAAGACGCCUUAAAAUGUAAACAUUAGAUAAUUUCAAUGUAGAUGAUAUAAUUGAUUGAUGCUGGUAGCUGCGCCGCUAGUUGUAGCUAAACUGCUAAUGCUACUUGUGCCGUCAGCAGUAACAGGCUGUGCAGACUCCGCCCACAUUUUCAUGCUUUCCGUAUCAUCACUCGGGAAGAACUUCAAACGAUUAAACAGAUUUGUUGUGUUGCCGUUUUUUUAGGGCACCGAUCUCCGAAAUAUCUUGCACAUCGGUUUAAUUGAUCGACGUCACUUUGGAGAUACUCAAACCACCACCACAGAACAGACGUUGAAUAACUUCUGAACAAUAAAAUCAUCGCAGAAUAACUCAAAGUCACGGCUGACAUCAUUUUUGCUGCCCUCAGCUCCGCGUUUAGCUCCAUGUUCGGUCAUUCUGUUUACUUCUUUGGCAACUUAUAAAAGUGAGCAGGAAAAGCUUGACUCUGAUUGGCUGUUGUGACGCACACUUCCAGUAUGUUUGAUUGUAAAUAUGUUUACAGCUGAUCACUGUGAUCGAACUGAAAUUUAUCACGAUCAUAUAAUCGCCCAGUCCUAGACUCAGCCUCUCUUAAAUACCCGUUUUAUACCCAGUUGUAACACUAACCUGUUGCAAAUCAACAUUAUCAUUGGGGAAUGCGUCUCCAAGUGUUUGUCAACUCUGUUCCAACUUUUUUUAAAACUUCCAUUAAACGUUGAAAAUGUUGCCUUUGCACGAUUUUGUUCAAAACGGAGAUAAAUUGAUUUACAAACCAUCAAAUUCUGUCUAUAUUUUACCCAGCAUCCCAAGUUUUUUCAAACAGGGGUUAUAAAAUGAUAACAGGAUGUUUAAUUUUUUGUUUAUUUUGCUUGUGUAUAGAUUUGCAGUAUGAUUUAAGUACAUUUUUCUGAUGUGAAAGGGCCAAAUUUGAAGAUGUCUUUCCUUUUGAUUGAGAAAUUGUGAAACCUGGUUUUGUGGAUUGUUUGGGCAGCUGCAAUCCUUCACUUCCAUUUUUUUUAAAGAUCCUGUAAUGUAAAUACGACUUGUGCCAUUGAUUAUUACAGCAAACAAUCUUUAUUUUGAGCGGUGUACGUGACUACAGCAGGAGAAUUAGAGGAAUGUUAGCGGCUUUAACACUAAGAGCGCAUUUGUGGCCAAACUGUAUUUGCAAGUCCAACAAUCUGGAGUUAAUUCUGCUGGAAUCUGUAAGCGGUAAACGGACAAGUACACUAAAUAACACUGAAAUACCUUCUCGUAAUUGUCCAAAGCUCCUGGCGUGUGUUGUGUUCCUCUGUGGGAAACUCCUAAGUAGGCCAGAAUAAACCAUAUAAAGGAAUUUGCAAAUACUCUGUGCCUCAGGUCUGCUUAAAACUUUCCACGUCCCUGACAGAUGUGGUUUAGCGAGUGGCGAGAAAAGAUAAGGACUACGACUCGGCUGUAGACUGUUUUCUCCUGUUUUUCCAUAUUCAGUGGCUGUAGUCUUACGCUAGGUAUGUACUGUCUUCCUCUCCUUAUCCUUACCCUGGUUUUACAGUAUAUUAAUAUAUUUACCAUCAUGUCUUUCCUUUCCUUUGAAAUAACAGCUAUAUUUUUCAAUAAAAGAGAAAGCUGGUAAUCUUUAA